AAUGAAAUAAGUAGAUUGUUCAUGAGCACGGGUGAUAUCUAACCAACCAUCGCCAUUAAUAUUAUAGUUUCCGAGAUUUAAGCAGUGGUUGAAAAACAACAAUAGUGAUUUGGGCCUGCCUAUUACAAUCACAAUGGAAGAAGACGACAGCACUUGGUUGAUUGAACUAGAGUCGGCGCUUCUCGAUGGAUGCUCUGCUCACGAAAUAAACAUUCUUACAAAAGGUAAAAAGAUUCCAGAAAGUCUGCGUCCUGACGUGUGGCUCCUCUGUCUCAACUGCCAAGAUGCUAGCAAUCAGUUAUUGCUCUUUGAUGAAAUCUUUGAUUUGACCAAUCAGAAUGAACUGAGAGAUGAUGUGAAGAAGUUUGUAAAAAGUCUGGGUAAUGAUGAUGAUGACAAGCUCUCAGUAAUUUCUGAUAUUGAAUCAAUUAUCACAUUUUACUGCAAGUCCAAAUCCAUUCAAUACACCUCCAAUAAUGGUUGGAUUGAAAUUUUAUUGCCAUUAUUGAGUUUAAAAUUACCAAGGGCAGAUACAUACAAUUUGUUUGAAAAAGUGAUAAAUCUAUACAUUCCAAAAGGCUGUACCAAAAAUGGUGUACCAUUCCAUAUACUGCGAUUGGUUUUACAAUAUCAUGACCCGGAGCUGUGUUCAUUCUUGGAUACUAAGAGGAUAACUCCCGAGCAGUACUGCCUGCCGUGGCUCAGGUCUCUCUUUGCUGGAACAUGCAGUCUGGAUGUCGUUCUCUUCAUGUGGGACUUAUAUUUUCAGAGAUCUGAUCCCUUCUUCAUUUUCUUUCUCUGUCUUAUUAUGAUAAUAAACUCCAGAGAACAACUGCUCCAAAUGAAGAAUGAAGACAAAUCUGAAAUCAUAGAAACUAUGAGCAGAAUGCCGGCAGAUUUGGAAGCGCCAGAUGUUUCAGAUUUUUGCUCAUUAGCUCAUUACUAUUCUUUAAAAACACCAGUUUCAUUCAGAGAUGAUGUCCUAGAUGUAUUGUUUUCAACCAACGGCCUUGAGAUUAAUUCAAAACUUUAUUCUCAAGCCCUCUGUCUUCCAGUAGCAGUCCAUGAACUGAUAGAGAGUGCCACAGUAGAUGCGUCAGACAUUGAUAGUGUUAAGUACUUCUUGGUUGAUUGCCGGCCAGCAGAGCAAUACAAUGCUGGGCACUUAUCUACUGCCUUCCAUUUGGACUGCAAUCUCAUGCUCCAAGAACCUAAUGCAUUCAAUACUGCAGUACAAGGUUUACUCAAUGCACAGACACAGGCUUUGGCCGCAGGAUCAUUGGCAGCCGGUGAACAUCUUUGUUUCGUUGGUUCUGGAAGGACAGAGGAGGAUAGCUAUGCACACAUGGUGAUAGCGUCAUUCUUAAAAAGGAAUACCAAAUAUAUCUCAAUGCUGGAUGGUGGAUUUGUAGCUAUACAUGACUACUUUGGUCCCCACAUGACGGAUUGUUUGGAAGAACACAACCCAGCCUCAUGUCUAGUCUGUGCCCCGCAAAACAACAAUGAAGGAGUUGAAUCAAACCAAAGUAACACGAGAGACAAUGCACCUGCUAUACAGUUGUUUAGUAAACUUUCAUCAGCAAUGAAGGCUAAAAGCCAAGAAGUAAAAGGAAAGUUGAUAGAAUACAUUGUGAAUCCAAAUGCUACUGCAGGCACAGGGGAAUGGCAUGUUUCUGCGAGCGACAGGAAAGAACAGAGGUACCGGAAUGUUCCUCCGGUGUUCAGUAUUAAUGACGAAGAUGAUGAUUCUCGUUCAGAUUCUAGAAAGGACUUGACAGACUCAGAUAUUUUGGAAGAAACUGUGGACCUUAACACAUUCCUAAAAGAGCACAAUGUCGUCGAUAAUUUCUUGUGUCAAGAAGUUCUAUUGAAUGGUUACAUGUAUGACUCAUGCCUAGUUGUUACCGAGACACAUUUAAUAGUUCUGCGAGACAUUCCAAACAAGCGUGGCAUGUACAAGGUGCUGUCUCGAAGGCCGCUGUCGACCAUUGUGAAGAUAACGGCGAAAAAGCGGCACCCAGAACUAAUUACAUUCAAGUAUGGGGUGCCCGACGGAGAUAACUUGCUAAUUAAGGAUAUGGAUCGCUUUUUGAUACCCAACGCUUCGCUGGCGACUAAAGUGGUGUCUAACCAGAUAGUCCAACAGUUGGACAGCAAAUAAACCAUUUGGAUGUAGAAUGAUUCCUAAAGGUAAUAUAAAUUCGCCUCAGUAUUCGAUUUCGAACCCAAUUAGUGUAUUAUAAGCUUUAUUGUUAUUAUUGUCCUUGCUGAGGAAAAUCUAGAAUUGGAUCUUAAUUUUUUUAAAUUAUUAAAGCAUUCAUAACUAUUCGAUAGUCUGCCUAACGAAAUUUAGAGCACUUAGGUACUUUUUUAUAAAAUGUUUAUGUGAUUACAUGGUAAAACACUCACUUUGCUUUCAUUUGCACAUAUUUGAUGUUAAUUACUAUUUUGAAACAUAGCUAAGCUACGUAUUUAAUAUUAAAACUAGUAACUAGUUUUAGUGCUUAUGCUUAGUGCAAGUAUAUAAGUUCCUACUUCAGAAUUAAACUUCAACCGUUUUAAAGCAUCGAAAAUGGGUACAUAGGAAUCCAUAGGUAUUUUCGUUUUUAUUGUUUUUCAUUGUAGUUACCAUCCUUUGCAUUAAUAGGUAAAACUAUGACUUAGAUGUAGAUGUAGAUGUAGAUGUAGUGUAGGGACGCCUGGCCGGAAGCAGGCGGGCUGUCGAUCGCGUGUCGCGUUCAUUCAGCCCGAUUCCCUGGAGUCGGAGCUGCAGGUUACUGUCCCGGCGGCAUUCCCUCACCAUUCUCCUCAAAUCUUCUUGUUUUCCUGCAGAACAGAAGGACAUCUUUGAGUUCGACGUCCUUUAGUUCGUUCUCUUUUAGUGUGUCUUUGCCGAAUGUAUUAUAUCGCGGUGCCGCAUACAUAAUACAUUCCGCUAGUAGGUGUAAGCUAGUCUCCUCCUUACCACAGUGUGGACAGGAGGCAUCUCUGCUAAUCUCCAUUAUCUUAAGGUGUCUAUUGAGAGUGUUAUGACCUGUAAUGAUACCUGUCAGAAGUCUCAGACUGCUCUUACCUAGUUUCAGAAGAUACCUGGUUCUCCUGUGAUCUAUGCCUUUGAUCAUCAUCUUCGACUGUCUACAUCCAGUUUCUUCUUCCCAUUCUCUUUGUGCUUCCAUCUCUUUUACCUUCUCUAUGACUCCCUUCGUGACGUCCGCUGACAUAGGUAGAGCCGGUUCCGGACCAAUGUGAUCCGUUUCCGCCCCCAUCCUUGCCAUCUCGUCCGCUUUCUCAUUACCCGUCACUCCUUGGUGUCCUGGUACCCAUGCCACCGUGACGCUUCUUCGUUUGCCUAUCGAGUUAAGCUCCUCCCGACAAAAAACUAUAACUUAAGUAUUUAUGAAUAAUUAACUUGAAUAACCCCUAAGUACCUAUUAGGUAACUCUAACAAUUUAUAACGAGUCCUUGCAAGUUUAAAAAAUAGAGCGUUAUGUGAAUGAGAAAUCAAUAAUUAUUAAAUUAUUCAGUCUAAUUAUGCAUUUAUUUCGAUGUGUCUAUGUUAUAAAAGAGUCUGAUUGUGAAUAUUUUUUUAUACUAGUACUUAUUAUAGCUAGUUCUCUUAGCUUGACUUUAGUUUUUUUAAUAUGUAUAUUGUAUAUUAACUGUACACACCUAAUUUAAGCCAACAUCUUGCGUCUACCAUUCCAAUUUUGCACAACUGUAUUACCUAUCUUCUAUGUUAGAAGUUGUAACAAUUUUAGCACAUGUUUAUUGAAUUUACAUGCUUUGUUAUCACGAAUACCAAUAAUAAUCUAUGAGCUAGCACUUCUACAAUAAACCUUUAUGUAUCUAUUAGACAGUAAUAUCUAAAUAUAUAUCUUUUUAUUACCUACCUAUAUGUAAUAUUGUCAAGGGUCAGACACACAACCGUACAUGAGAUAAAAACGAAAAAAAUCGUGUUAGACCUAUUUCAAAUUAUGAUUUGGUAUGCGUAGUAUGAGUUGUCGUGCUCAUAGAUGGCGUGGCGUUACAACUCUGUCAAAGUAACAUUCAUGAUUUAAAGUGAGGUUUGUAUUAGCUACCAAUGACGUUGGCGUGAGCAUAACAUUUUUGCAUAUUAGAUAAUGGCGGUAAACAAUCGCAGUCAAUUAUUCAAAUGCUUUUAAAUGCGAAUUACUAGCAAAUGUACAAGUGUAUAUUGUAUUGAAAAUUCUUUUGUUAUGUAGAAAAUUGUCUAUGUCAGAAAAUAUAGCAUACCUACACUAUGAUACGAACUAUGUACAUAAUUAUUAGGUACAUUUUUAAUUAUUCAAUAAAUUAUUCUUGCGUUACUGA